UAGCUAACAACUUUUAUUAGCGAAGAUGUUUUGCCCAUAAGGAGACACUGCACAUUUCAUUUGUUUACGGUCAAUGGACACUACCCACCCAGUAUCCUUUUCAGCAAUGCGGUGGUGGUGGUGCAGGCAGCAUAGCAUUUGAACUGACAAAGAACUGCACAUGGUUGGAUUGUUGGCUACAUCAUAUCUUUGCAGGCUAUUCAGAAAUGUAAUUGGAAUGCAUGCACACAGGCAUACUAUUUCCUUAUUAGGUCUGUAUUCCCCCAGACAGAACACAGUGCAACUUCACAUUGUCUACCAGUGCCAGCACCCAAUACAAAGCUGAGAGCAUAAUAUUGGGAGUAUUGUUCUGAUUAGGUUUCCCAAUGCAUUGCAUUCCCACACAUAUUAGAGAAAUAAUCCAUGCCACUCUUUCCAAAUCGAAGGAAAGUUCAGUUAAGCAGAUGAUUUGGGCCCAAGGUCUACUACCACCACUGGCACUUUGUGUUUCUCUUCUAAGCCUUGCUAGAAGUUUCCUCAUUGUGGACUGGUGUUUAGCAAAUGAUUACAGACUAAGUUGCAUUUUCUAGCAUUAAGGGGUCGUUUUCACAUAGUGGGUCUCACGUGGCCCCUUCUUGAUCCUGCUUAACCCGUAAUCCUUCUCAGUCUACUUCAGACCCUCCACAAAUAUUCUCAGGUCCCUUAUUCACUUCCAGAGGCUGGAUUUUAUGAAAGGCAUCAUUGCUCCUCCAAAAGUAUACAUUAGUCGUCAGAUCUGUCUUAACUGGUCUAUCCUAUUCUUCUUCAACCUGUUAUACUGUAGCCAUUUCUGUGCUUUUGCGACAUCAGGAGUUCUGUAUGGUCUUUCAUAUCAAAUUCAGACUCACACAGGAUGCCACGGGAAAGUGCAAUGAUGAGGGUCUCCCAUUGAUGGAUCUUGGAACAAGAAAGAAUUGUCAAGGACAUAAAUCUGCAGUUGGACCACUGUAGAAGACACUGCCUAGGAUCUCUACAAAUAUUCAAGUAUCCAAAUCUCCAUUUAAAGGAAAAACUAUUGAUCUCCAGUGAAACAUUCCCCUUGUGAACAAGGGAGAACCACCUGCCUUUCUGAACUCAUCAUUGCAUCUGUGACCACCUCCAUAUUUUCCUCCUUUCUUCCCGACACCGAGGUUCCUUCCAGAAGCUCACCCACAAUGGAUGAGAUCCGCCGGGUGUUCGGUUCGCCCAUAGGGCGCGUCCGCUCGGACAGCAUAGCCAGCUCUGCCACCCAGUCCUCGGGCAGCCGCUUGCUGCUGCGCCAGCGCCUCGCCCAGCUCAUGACCUGCGUGGACGACCUGGACCCCUCGCCCCAGCUCCAAGAGCAGGUGGUACGCAGCUUGGACAACGCCUUCCUCGUCUGUGGUAAAAGGGCCAACCGGACCAAGAAAGACAACUUCAGGCUUCACAUGGUCACGUGGAAUGUCGCUACAGCUGAUCCUCCAGAUGACAUCAGCUCCUUGCUUCACCUGAACUCCCCAAAGACCCCAGACCUCUACGUGAUUGGUCUCCAGGAGGUGUACGCUGCUCCUCACAGGUUCAUCAUAGACAUGGUCGUUGAGGACUCCUGGAGCCAUCUCUUCAUGUCCAGCCUGGCACCACGAGGCUACCUGAAGGUGUCCUCCAUCCGAAUGCAGGGCCUCCUGCUGCUGUUCUUCUCCAAACUGGCCCACGUUCCAUUCAUUAGAGACAUCCACGACACCUACACGCGCACAGGCAUCUUCGGCUACUGGGGGAAUAAAGGUGGUGUGUCCAUCCGCCUGUCUUUCUACGGCCACAUGCUCUGCUUCCUCAACUGUCACCUGGCGGCACACAUGCAGUACGCCUCGCAGCGCGUCGACGAGUUCGAGUACAUCCUGGACACGCAGACCUUCGGCCCCAAAAAGGCCCCCCACGUCCUCGACCACAAGCUGGUCUUUUGGUUUGGGGAUUUGAACUUCCGCAUCCAAGAUCACGGCAUGCAUUUUUUGCGCAACUGCAUCACGAGCCAUAAGUUGAACUUGCUGUGGAGCAAAGACCAGCUGACCAUGAUGAAGAAGAAGGAGGCUGUCCUGCAGGAGUUUGACGAGGGACCUCUGGACUUUCAACCGACGUACAAAUUCGACAGGUUCUCUGACCGCUAUGACAGCAGUGGUAAGAUGCGUAAGCCGGCUUGGACAGACCGGAUCCUGUGGAGGGUGAAGCCUAAAGAGUCACCCCCAGAGGAGGAGAAGGACGAGGACAGGGACUCUGGUCUGGAUGAGAAGAACACCAAGCAGCAGGAGGAGGAGGAAGAGUUCCCUCUGAAACUCAAGCAGGAUUCGUACACCAGCAACAUGGAGUACGGCGUCAGCGACCACAAGCCUGUGAUCGGCAUCUUUACCUUGGAGUUGAGGAAGAUGUACGAGACGCCGUUGGUGCGCGUGUGUGCCGAGGGUGAAUGGAGCGCCGACUUUGACGCCAUGGUGAUCUACAGCCCCCUCCAGCCCUUCCCUUCGAGCGCCUGGGACUGGAUCGGCCUCUACAAGGUGGGAUUCAGGAGUGUUUCGGACUACAUUACCUACACCUGGGUGAAGGAUGAUGAGGUCUCGUUUAAUGACGAGCUCACCCAGGUCUAUGUGAGCAAGGAUGAGAUUCCGGUGCUGGGAGGGGAGUGUGUGCUCUGUUACUACUGCAGUACGCUCCAAUGCAUUGUGGGCAUUAGCUCACCCUUUAAGGUACAAGAGUCCAAAGUGGCCGUUGAGGAAGGUCUCGCGCCGGAGAACAUCAACGGCCUUGACAAGGCCACAGCCAGUUAGGACCUGUGAGUGGACCAGACAUGCCCUCGAACACUGUCUGUCCGUCUAUGCUGUUACACACCUGCCCUUUUGACCUUUGGUUGCCUGUCUGCAAGCUGCGGUGCUGCUGGAGUCAUGGAAUGUUACUUAGAAAUGAUAGGCUAGUGCACUUUGAAUUUAAUGAAUCGUACUGUUUAGCUGUCUUGUUCGCCACUGCCAGUUGUGGUGGCAACAGUAACCUGUGUGUUUAUUUCUGUUCUGUUCAGAUGUUGAUCCCACUUUUUAAAAUCAGCCGCAGAGAGAUAUUGGCAGUGUCGCUUUAAGAAAGGUUCAGUCUUAGUUUUGUUCAGUGUAUUUUUUUGUUGUUGUUGGUGUUUGUCUCUUUGGAUUCAUACAGAACACAUUGGACAUUGUCUGAUGUUCCAGGUAGCUUGUACAAAAGUUGAACAUUGACAUCAAAGUCGUGGCUGUUUUGAACAUUUGACCAAUCAUCUAAUGAUAUCAUAAAUGCAUGAUUAUCUCAUAAUUAUUUUUAAAAUAAUGCUUCAUAUAUUUUUAUUUUCCCCUUGCAAACUUAGUCGUCUGUUAACAAAAACUCUUUGUGCUAUGCUAUUCCAUUUCAAUGCAGUUUUUAAUAGAGGAGAUGUUUGAGAAAUACAGUGAGCGCCAUAAUUCAUUGGACAGUGACCAUUUUUUUGUUAUUUUGGUUCUGUACUCUAGCACUUUGAGUUUGAAAGGAUACAAUGAGGGUGAAGUGCAGACUGUCAGCUUUAAUGCAUGCAAAGGAUAUGCGACCAUAUAUUAAUGAUUACUUUAUUCUACAUUAUGUUAAACUGUCCAAUGUUUUUGAUGCCUGAAAAUGGGGGGGACUAUGUAUUAAAGCUUCUAUAAUUUCUAAACGGUUCAUCCGAUAUGUAUGAAAAUACCCUCAAAUUAAAGCUGACAGUCUGCACUUCAGCCUCGUUGUCAUGGUAUCCUUUCAAACUCAAAGUGCUAGAGUACAGAACCAAAAAUACAAAACAAUGGUCACUGUCCAAUGGUUUAUGGUGUUCAAUGUAUAUUGCACAAUUUGAUCUUGUUCAUAUUCAUGACCAUAUGCCCUUUUUAUAGAUGUGCGUAAAGGUUACUGGUUUAUGCAUAUUAUUAAAGUAAUUUUGGUUCUAGGCAGUGUGAUUGGGGAUGAAAAGUUAUUUAAGAAAAAGUGGAUUCAACAAGUGCCUCAAUGUUAACAACCUGUAGAUAACUGUUCCCCGGAUACUUUGGUACAAAACUAUGUCAUUCCUAUUUGAUUAUUUAUUGCUGCAUUUGAAAUGUAUGAAUAAUCAGUGUUCUUAUUCUUAAAACAUGCAGGUCUCGUCUUGUUUGUACUGUACACAUCAACAUUUCAUCUGUACAACUUGUACUUUUCUGCGACCAAUUUCAGCAUAAGCGAGGUCUGUUCAAAUGUAUUUUAUUAAUGUCUUUAAACGCUUGUACAUUUACUUGUAAAGAUUGUUCAGUAUAUUGAAAAUCAGGAGUGCUCUAUUUUCUCAGUAACAAAUGUGGUAAAUGAAUGAAUACAAAUGUUAUACUGUAACCCAUUUAAGGCUUAAAUGAAGUAAAACAUCUAAAUGAUGA